AUGGAGACCGAAAUGAGGAUUUUGUCCACUUCCCUUGAUCACCACCAUGGCAAAGGUAUAAACCUCCCUAGUAUCACCUCACAGGUGAGACUGCCGCCAAACGUGGAAAGGAGAGAGACACAGAAUGAAGGAAGUCAGCCGCCCUCUGAAUCAGUGUCUGAUCCCAGCCCAAGUGGCGGACGCUCGGGACUGUCAAUUUCCAAGUUUCGUGCCAUCACCGUUAUCACGACCCUCACAGGCAUCAACUUCCUCAACACUAUGGGUUCGGGCAUUCUCAUAGCUGCCCUUCCCCGGAUUGCAAGGGACCUUGACAUUCCACAGCCGCUCAUUCUCUGGCCUGCCGCUGUCUAUGCCCUCGCGGCAGGAUGCCUACUUUUGAUCUUUGGAUCCAUCGCAGAUGUUCUCGGUCCCAAACCGAUGUGGUGCACGGGAAGCUUUCUUUUUAUUGCAUUUACCCUUGGGGUCGGCCUUUCCAGAUCUGCUGCCCAGCUCAUCCUCUUCCGCACGUUGUUGGGUGUUGCUAUCUCCAUGUGUCUCCCCACCGCUCUAUCUCUAGUCACGAACACCUUCCCAAAGGGCAGCUGGAGGAAUGCUGCUUUUGCCAUCAAUGGAAUGGGACACCCGCUUGGCUAUGCAUUGGGGCUCGUUCUUGGUGGUAUCUUUACCGACACAGUCGGUUGGCGCUGGGCAUAUUAUAUGAUGGCAAUUAUCAACACCAUCAUCUCGGUUGCAUCUAUCUGGUCACUCCCGAACGUCAACGUGGCCACCGAGCGCUCAAAGAAGGACAGACUGAUGUAUGAUAUUGACUGGGUCGGAGCAAUUAUCAUGAGCGCAGCCUUAGGAAUGUUGCUGUAUGUGUUGGCCAUGACGUCUUCGUCGUACAAACGUCUCGAUGAACCUGUCAACAUUGCUCUUCUGGCCGUCUCUUUAUCCCUAUUGGUCGCAUUUCCUUUUUGGAUGGACUUUCAGGUGAAGAAGAACCGCCCGGCCUUGAUCCCGAACAAAAUGUGGCGAAACUGGGGAUUCACCUCCAUUUGUGUGGCAGUCUUCCUGUGCUGGGCAUCUCUCAAUGGAAUUGAGUAUUUCACCACACUAUAUUUUCAAGAAGUGGAAAGCUUGCCCGCUCUACAAAGCUCACUCCGCUUCAUCCCCCAUGUCAUUAUGGGCGUGGCAGUGAAUAUUCUUACCGGCUACCUCAUUUCCAGGGUCAAUGUCCGGUGGCUGGCUGUGACAUCUGCUCUUAUCAGCAUGAUCGCAGCGCCUUUGAUGGCAACAAUUCCAGUUGGGCAGUCCUAUUGGUAUGCUCCAUUCUGGGCUUUGUUUCUUUCGCCCAUGAAUCCAGAUGUCUUGUUUACGGUGUCCAACCUCGUAAUUUCCAAUGCUUUCCCCCCAGAGGUUCAAUCUCUAGCAGGAGGCGUCUUCAACGAAGUGUCCCAGUUUGGCAAUUCGGUGGGUUUGGCUGUUGCAGCCGCUAUUGCUGCAUCCGUCACAGAACACUCGGGAAUAGAAGAUUCAGCGGCUAGUUUGAUGAAGGGCUAUCGCGCGGCGUUUUGGACAAUUUUUGCGAGCUGCGGAACUGUGACCAUUGUGCUCUGGUUUGGCCUAAAGCGGAGCGGCAUUGUUGGCAAGAAGGACGAUUAA